AUGGAGGAUAAUCGACCGCACCAAUGGCGGAUUACCCCGUACUUGAUCUAUUGUGUCUUGAUCGCAACACUAGGCCCGCUACAAUUUGGUUAUCACCUGGCCGAACUCAAUGCACCUCAAGCGGUGAUUACCUGUGACAAAAAGAGAAUCCAUUCGACGUCUGUCGGAGCAAGUCGCUUGCCGCAGUGUAUUCCUAUGGGCCCUUCCCAAUUUGGCCUCGUCUCAUCCAUCUAUACCCUCGGGGGUCUCGUGGGAGCUCUACUAGCCGGUCCUGUAGCAACCAAGUAUGGGCGACGAACCGCCCUUUUUGCAACAACUCUCUUCUUCAUUCUCGGUCCGAUUGGGGAGACCCUGGCGCCUGCUGUUCCCGUUCUCUCCCUGGGCAGGUUCCUUUCCGGCGUGGGAUCAGGCGCGGCAAUCGUCGUUGGUCCGAUUUACGUGUCAGAAAUUGCACCGCCAGAAUCCAAAGGGCUCUUUGGCGCCUUCACACAAAUCAUGACCAACGUCGGCAUCUUAUUAACACAGACCCUGGGCUACUUUUGGAGCCAUGACAGCCUGUGGAGGUGGAUCCUCGCACUCGCAGGGCUGAUCGGUACAUUGCAAUUCCUGGGCUUAUGGCUGGUCUCUGAGACUCCCACAUGGCUCGCUGAACACCGGUCUGCUAGCCAGGCACGCCGAGUAUUACAACGGAUCCGUGGCCAAAACGCAGACGUCGAAGCAGAGACCCACUCUUGGAGGGUCUCGAGUGCCCCCGAGGAGGAGUCUCUCUUGGCGUCGUCGGUGACCCCGGCACACGCGCAGAAGGAAGCAGUGACCAUUCUGCAGGCCCUCCGUGAUCCAUUCUACCGCCCGGCUAUCAUCGCCGUUAUGGGCGUCAUGAUCGCCCAGCAGUUGACCGGGAUCAACAGCAUCAUCAUGUACAGUGUCUCCUUGCUACAAAGUAUUCUGCCGACAACGGCAGCUUUGUUGAGCGUCCUGAUCUCCGCCAUCAACCUGGUCAUGACACUGGCGUGCUCGCCUUUGCCUGAUCGGAUUGGUCGCAAGACCUGUCUGCUUAUCAGUAUCACUGGUAUGGGGAGUAGUUCGAUUCUGCUGGCUCUAGGGAUCUCCUUGAGCCAGCAGAUUGUGUCUGCUAUCGCCGCACUCUUGUUCGUAGCAUCAUUCGCCGUUGGGUUGGGCCCGGUACCCUUUAUCUUGGCUUCUGAACUUGUCGGUCCCGAAGCAGUUGGCGCCGCGCAAAGCUGCGCCCUCGCGGCGAAUUGGACAGCGACCUUUGUGGUCGCCCAGUUUUUCCCGAUCUUGAAUGAUGCACUUGGUGGGCGCGGCAAGGUGUACUGGGUAUUCGCGGCCAUGGCGGCCCUUUUGGGUCUCUUCAUCUACCGCUGGGUCCCAGAGACCAGAGGCAAAGCCAACGCUGAUGAGGUUUGGGGUCGAACGGACCGCCGAGAGGAUUGA